AUGUCGUCACUCGCUUACAGAUCGGACAGGUUGCUCUCAACACUGCAGGCCCUUGUUGACCCUCUUUCCUUGUGCAACAUGCAAAAUUUAGACGAGGCCCAUCAGGAAUCUUUGCAGGCACUUGUAAAGUCCAUCGCUCCAGAACUAGCAAAUAGUUCCAAUGGAAACGGCGAUAUAGUGGACAAGCUUGCGGACAAGCUCAAGGAACUCGUGGGCGAAGAGGGAAUUGAAAAGCUCAAGCAGAAACGCAACGAGAGGGGUGAGCUGGUCAAUGAGGAAGGAUUGCCUAUUAUUGAAAUCACCGAGCCAAUGGAUGGCAGAAAAUCCUUUUCAUCAGUCUCCCUACCUACGCCUAUUACGGUGGAGCCUUUACUUCCCGUAUUUACGCUCGACUCUUCUGUGCAAGCGCGUCUUCGCGAAAAGCGUCACCGUAUCCUGGACAUGCUCGAAGAAGAGGAAAGGCAAGCUGAAUUGGCGGAGAACGAAUUUGAAGCAAGGGAAAGAGAGAAGUUGGUUAGAAAACGCAAGGAAGAGGCACUCAAAGACAAGGAUCGUUUGAAGGCUGCUCGAGAACUGCAGAAAAAGAUGGGCCGUGCGCUACUGCAGAACUUCAGUAGGGAAAAGGAGUUGGAGCGGCAGGAGCUAGAAGUACAACGUCGACGAGACGAAGAGGUGGAUAAACGCAAGUCACCGUCGAUUAAAAAGAAAACAGUUGCAUUCGCGGAAUCUACAGAAGACAUCGAGAAAGGGUCACAAGCGGAAUUACCUGAAGGCCCUGAUUGGGGCGAUGUUAGUCCGGCGACACUGCGCACUACAAAACGGCCUACUCUCAUGUCCCAAAAAGCGCUUGAUAAACACCCCAUGAAAAUGACGGUAGUGGAACGAUACCCUACAGAGCGGCCGCCUGCCAAAAAUAUCAGCCCACCUCCCCGACCGCUUAACGAUUCAGAUGACGAAUCCGACCCCGACCCCGAUCUCGCCCCCAACACAGAUACAGAGGAAGAGGAGGAAGCAGUUCUCGAAACUGACGAAGUGGACCUUGACUUCGCUCGGCAUCAGCGGGAAAUCGCCCUCGAAUACCACAAGAAACGCAACGCUAUCGGACAAGAAGCCGCCGCCGCCAUGAAAAACCACUCUCAUGACGCUGAUGGCCCGAUGCAGCAGGAUAUUGAUCUUAUGCCAGACACGUCCAGACCUGCUAUCUCGCAAUUCAGAGCAGAAAAAAUAGCGGCCGCUUUCAAUGCUUCUGUGCCAUCUUCAGAAGCAAUAUCUCUUGGUGAUACCAUCCUUCCUGCUUCGUCUGCUCGCACAAUUCAAGGCGCGAUCAGGACUGGUAAUAUAGAUGAAGACGGUAAACUUGUUGGAGGAGAAGCAGAUAGCGCCAGCGAGGAAGAGGACCAAGGCAUGCAGCAGGUACUCGAGCUCCUCCGAAAAGGCGAGGUCUACAAUAUCGGCCCUAACGAAGAGUAUCUGCAUACCAUCCCGCCCUCUACUUCCUCGCCCUCUGGAGCUUCAUCAUCUAAGCAGGUGGACCUUCAAAACCCUAUCGCCUCGUCAACACUACCGCCUCCAAGUAUGCGCUCGAAGACAUCCAAAUUCAAGGCUUCUCGUGUCGCUGCAGGUAGGCCGUCUUCAUCUUCGUCGACAACACGCGUACCCUCUGGGCCCAAUUCGGAGCCUAUUUCACCUUCAGUGACGCCAGUAUCAGAUGCUGCAAGAUCAUCACCGAAACUGGGCACCUCCGCGCCAGCGGCUCCUCUGUCUGCAAUCGUCUCUGGAAGGGUAGCAAUUGCUGGUCCUUCAACCGCGAUGGCCUCCCCUCAACCAGGCAAAUCACCUUCUCAGCAGAUCCCUCCGCAAUUUUCGAUGAUUAUUGAAUCACCCUCUUUUCCCAAUUUAGCGUCACAAGGGCCGCUGGAUAGUUCUGAUGUCCCGGCACCUUCCAUGGCCAUGGAGUCGCCAUCGUUUCCCUCGAGUCAGAGUUCCAGUCGACCUGAACGACCUCCAGCGAUUAUUUCGAGCGCUGUCCGCGAACGAGAAAAGAUUGCUCCUAUCAACUCACAAAAUACAAUCAGCACGGCGUCUUCAGAAGCCGGGCCCAGGAAAAAAGCGUCCAGGUUCAAAGCAGAGAGAAUGUAG